GGCUCCGUCUCGAGGGCUGCGACGAUCCGACACAUUUGACUCGUCGUAAGCAUGUGCACGGAAAGGAGUGAAAGUCACAGCACCUAAUCCAAGACCGUCAUUGUUGGGCAUCGCGGCCACCACCAUACUCGGUUGUCAGGGAUAUUAACGUUCAUUUUGAAUUUGGAUAUCAGAGCAGUCUAAGAUGGGGAUAAUAAGAAGCAGUUUCUCUUUUUUGCUAGGAACUGGCUGUGGUAUUUACAGCACCCAGAACUACAACGUCCCAAACAUAAAGAAGCUCUCUCAUGCUUAA